UGAAACUAAACUUAUAUUUUGAAUUUCAUUCAAUAAAUCAAUUAUCAUACCCUCCGAAGUCCGACGCGGGCGAUACAGAUACAGUUGUUGCGAGUCCGCUCCAGUUGUCUUCAGUACCGACAUGCAGUGCCUUCCCUCGAGUUGUUUGACUAAUAAAUAUCUGGUUGUUUGAAGAUAAAUGUAGAUACAGUUAUCAGGUACUACAAGCAGGCAUUAUGGAGCACAACACGCCAACCCAGACAGCAUGCAUUAUGGAGCCAGAAAAGGUGUAUGUGAAGACAGAGCCAGACGAGAUGUGUGUGAAAGCAGAGCCUAUAGAACUGUUUGUGAAGACAGAGCCUAGAGAAGCGUGUGUGACAACAGAGCCCGGAGAGGUGUGUGUGAUAACAGAGCCCGGAGAGGUGUGUGUGAUAACAGAGCCUGGAGAAGUUUGCGUUAACACAGAACCUAGAGAAGUGUGUGUGAAAACAGAGCACGGAGAGGCUGGAGAAGUGUGUGUUAAAACGGAGCCCGGCGAGUAUGUGAAGGAGCGGGAGUGUGAUGACGAUGCGGGCUCUAGCGGAGUGAGCGCGGCGGCUGCGCAGGUCGAACUCUAUACAGACCAUGAGGUCAAGGACGAGCUCGUGCUGGGCCCCGAGGAGUGGCACCGUCCUAAAGUGCUUCCAGUACAAGGUAUAAAUUCAAAUGCUUUGAGACCGACCUCUGAGCAUCUCGGAGGAUUGUUACUCUGCGGCAUCGAGGAGCACGCUAGACUCAAGCGGCUAGAGGAUACCGCGGCGGUAGGCGCCGGCAUGCCGCGGCAUCCCCCGGCAUGCGCCGAGGCCUCCCGAGAAGUCUAG